ACGAGGAGCAGCGGCAAGUCCCAGAGGGAGAGAGGCAGGCAGGCAGGCAGGCAGGCAGCGGGAACGGCGGCGUCGUCUCUGGUGGCCGCAGCUGCAGCUUCACCUCGUGAGAGAGGCGGGAAGCGAAGACCCAGGCGACGCCGCCCGCUGUGGGGCUCCUGAGGCGGAAGGCCGGCCUCAGGGAAGGGAAGACGCCCGCGGCGGACGGGAUCGAAGCGGGCAGGGCAGGGCAAGGCAAGGCAGGGCGCUCCGCUUCGCUUCGGCAGCCUCGGCGGCGGCGACCCAACAUGCCUCCCGCUUCCUCGGCGUUGCCGCCGCCGCCACCGCCGUUGCCGCUGUUGUUGUUGUUUUCCUCGCCCUCCCCGCCCGCCGCCUGAAGCGAGGAGGAGACCUUCCCCUUCCUCUUCUCCUCUGCCAGCCGAAGUUCCCAGGCGGCCCCGACCCCACCCCAGGCGGAGGAGGAGAAGGAGGGCGGCGGCGGAGGCAGCAGCAACCGCGACAUGAGGCGCGCCGAGGACCUGGAGGGCUUCGAUGGGGAAGCGUCGAGCACCUCCAUGAUCUCGGGCGCCAGCAGCCCCUACCAGCCCACCACCGAGCCCGUCAGUCACGGCCACGGGCUGCGCGGCCUCCGCUGCGACCCCGAUUACCUGAGGGGCACCUUCGGAAGGCUCAAGAUCGCCCAGGUGGUUUUGGCAUUGAUUUCCUUCAUCUGCAUAGAAACCAUCAUGGUAUGCUCCCCUUGUGAAGGCCUUUAUUUCUUUGAAUUUGUCAGCUGUAGUGCAUCGGUAGUUACUGGAGUUUUGUUGCUUAUGUUCAGUCUAAAUCUCCAUGCAAGAAUACCACAGAUCAACUGGAACAUUACAGAUUUGGUCAAUACUGGACUCUGCACUUUUUUCUUUUUCAUUGCAUCUGUAGUACUUGCUGCUCUAAACCAUAACAAAGGAGCAGAAAUUGCAGCUGUGAUAUUUGGUUUUCUGGCAACUGCAGUUUAUGCUGUGAAUUUAUUUUUAGCUGUUAAAAAUUGGAGAAUUAACAGCCGACAACAAAACACAAGGCAGACCAGUGAUUAUAUGCGUGCUCGGACAGAAUCCAGAGAAGUAGAUCAUCGCCCAGAGAUUCAGCGUCUGGAUGGGUGAAAAUCUCAUGCAAAAUGGUAUUUCUCAGAAGAAGAAAAAUAAAAGCCUGUAAACUUUUAAAAAUAAAAUAAAUGUUCACUUUUAUAGGAAAAGGAGGAGCAUGUGGUGGCCAUGAGCAUGUACAAAGAGAGAGAGAGAGAGGACUUGAGAAAUUAUUGGCAUGAAGGCCAUAAUUACGGAACUUUUCAAAUGAAGAUAUUUGUCCAUAAAUGUGGUAAAUGAAGAGAAGGAUACAUUAGAGUGAAUAAUUGUCUUGGUGCACAGUACUUUUGAAUUUGCAGAGUCAGAGAGAAGAUUGGUAUUCAGUCUGCAUUCCCAUCAUCCAGUAGAAAUAUGAUAGAACUGGCAAAAGAUUGUUCUUUUGAAAAUGGAGUUUCCAAUAGUAGACAUAGUGCAUCAGGGAAAGAGAUAGCAAUAACAUAAAUCAGGUAAUGAGUUACACAGCCACUGUGUAUGUUCCCUUAACUAGAUUCCCCAAUUAACUUUAGUUCUCACACUCCUGCAGUUCCACUGUGUACUGUAUAACAGCCAUUCAUGCCAGUUCGAGGAUUGACUGGUGGAAAAUAAGCUUUCUGCUAAACAGAAAACACAAAGCCCACUCCACAACCAGGUAUGAACUGGGAUGUAACACCUCAAUACACUACACAAUGAUUUCCUUUCCCACUUUACAAGGGAAUAAUGUGAAGUUGGUAUUGAGCCUCUCUUCCUCUUACAUUCAACCAUAGGAAAACCGAUUGUGGUCAGGGUUGUUUUGUGUUGAGUUCAUAUCCAUACUGCAAUAUUCCUAAAACUAUAUACAGUGGUACCUCGGUUUUCAAAUGUAAUCCAUUCUGCAAGACCAUUCGAGUUCUGAAACGUUUGAAAACCAAAAGCUCAGUAGCCGACAGCUAGGCCUCAGGAUCUUGCACUCAGCAGAAGCUGUGUGGCAUGUUUUGACUUCCAAGGCAUGUUCGAAAACCAAAAUGUUCAUCAGUGGAGAUGUUCGAAAACCGUGGUACCACUGUAAUUGCAUACCCUGAGAGUGUGUGUCUGACUUCAAAUUUUGAUUACCCAGAAUGCUCUGCAUUAUUUUCUGAAUUAGAAUCCUUUCAUGAUUUUUGCUAAAGUUAUCUGAAUAGUAAGGGUUUUUUAGGCCUGAGAGCAGAUCUACAAAAUGUUUGAAUAAUUGUCCACAGAUGAAGACUUAUUUUGCCUAGUAGCAUUUAUGUGGUUCAUUUAGUUUACAUAGCAUUCUAUAUAAUUCCGGUUUUCCCUCAAUCUUCCCAGCAGUGUUUCAUGGGGAAAGUAAUGUACUCUGUGGGUAGGGGAUUUGGAACCAGUCAUUAGAAUCUCUCUUUAGCUUCUUGCUUCAUGCCUCUUGCAUCUGUUGUUUAGGUAAGCCACAAAAUGAAUACGGUAUAUAAAAUCACUAAUUCUUCUCAAUAUGUUUCCAUUAUGAUGAUGAACAGUUAUCAGUGGAGGUACACUUAUUCCUGGAACAGUUGUGUAUGCACCUUGAAAGCUAGGAAGUAGAAUUGUGAAUGUUUGUUGAAUGUCACUGAUUGUAGAAUGGGAGGGUCCCCAUUUUUAUAUAUGUUGACCAUGUUGCAUGAUAAUGGUGAGCCCUAUAAUCUUCUGGAUCCUACAAACAUACUUAAGCCUUUAAGAUCCUUUAUUUUUCCUAACACUUGAAGUAAAAAUCUGCUGAAAAAAAUUGGGACUGUCCAAGGCUGUGUAUGAUCUCAACACCAGCUGCUGGGGUGAGAUUCAGAAUCAUAAGUAUGCAUUGACUUCUGUUUUUCAAAAAAGCAAUUUUGAACUCCUUGAGGCGGUGGAAAUAAGCCUGAAAAUUGUGGGCUGUCCCUGGAGUGGCUGGAGAGAAAUCCAGUCCUCUGCAUAGGUCCUGUUGUCAGCAGAAACAGUAUAAGAUAUGCCAGUCACUUGACUUAUUAGUCAUGUGCAGAGCUAUAUUUAGUAAUGAUCCCAGAACCUUUUGAAAUAAUAUAAACUUCUACUUUUUGAAUGGGAACUUUAUUUAAAGUUGUGUAAUGCAAGAGUACUCCGCUUAUUACCAUGGCUGAUUUCCUCAAAUAACAAGGGUGUAUUCUGAUUUCUGCCCAAUUUGUUAAAACUAAGAAAAAGAACUCAAGCUACCAGAAUACCAUUUCUAUCGUUCUAGUGGUAUUUUUGGGGACCAAAGAAUAGCUAUACAUUUUUAGAUUGGAGACACAUUUGUAAUUUUAAAGAGAUAGGUUUGGUGUGAUGGUACAUAUUUAAUAUAAAAAGAUUGUAUAUUUUAUGGUAUGCUUUGACAAUAUGCUCCAUUGAAAUGCAGGCAUUCCUGAAGCACAGACUGCUUGGACACACACUUAAGAACAUUUUUGUUCUGAAUUUCCCCUGCAGUGUCCCCCCUACUAUGAUGAGGCUUUCUUUUUAGGAUUUUAUUUGAUUUUGGAGGGAAGAAAGGGGAGUAUUAGACGCAGAAGCAGUGAUGCCAAGAAUUAUGCACAUAGAUCCAUAUCUUCAAGAAGUCCUUUGACCUUGCACUGCUUGAAUAGCAAAUCAUCAAGCUGCUUGGCAAACUGUUUUUGAAACUGAGUGGCGUUUCAAGAGCAAUUUGUAAUAUGACCUGCUAGUGAGGGAGUCUGACAUUAAGUUCCCAUUGGCAGUGAUGAGAGCUCUCUAGUUUUUUGUCCAGAGUACAUAAGUUAAAACUAGGUAGUACUCCCAUUUGCUCAGCUCACUAACCCCCCUCUCCGUCCCUCUGUUUUCCUUUCCAGGAUCAUAACCUCUCCCCCUGCCUGCUUAAUUUUUGCACCUUAACAUGCCCCCUCCCCAGUUUUCUCUGUCUUUCUCAACUGCCAGAUAAAGCCUCUAUUAGUGCCAGAGAAGAGAGCUUCCCCUUGACAGGUCAUAGCAGCAUCUUCCCAACCCACCAUCCUCUUCUUAAGGUGAUCCAUUCAGACUCUGAGAUGAAAUUCUGCAAGGGCUGACAUCCAAGUCACUGCUCAGCCCAUGUGCCUCUUGCACACCUUAGUGACUUGGACUGUCAUCACAGUGUGGUGUAAGGCCAGUACAAAUAUUAUAUAGAGAGAUAGAAAAAUGAGAUGACAAUGAUAUCUGAAGAACUUGCAGAUAAAAACUGGACUUUUUCUUUCAAGUUUGCAAACAUUAUUAAUUUAACUUGUUACAUUAUUCUGAAAGUGCUUGCAAACUGAUUCAGCUGCACAAGCCGUGUGCACUAUGGGAUUUUGUUUGCUUGUUUUCAUUUUCAGCCAAGUUUGUUUUGUUUAGUCGUUUAGUCGUGUCCGACUCUUCAUGACCCCAUGGACCAGAGCAUGCCAGGCACUCGUGUCUUCCACUGCCUCCCGCAGUUUGGUCAGAUUCAUGUUCGUAGCUUCGAGAACACUGUCCAACCAUCUCGUCCUCUGUUGUCCCCUUCUCCUUGUGCCCUCAAUCUUUCCCAGCAUCAGGGUCUUUUCCAGGGAGUCUUCUCUUCUCAUGAGGUGGCCAAAGUAUUGGAGCCUCAGCUUCAGGAUAUGUCCUUCCAGUGAGCACUCAGGGCUGAUUUCCUUAAGAAUGGAGUGGUUUGAUCUUCUUGUAGUCCAUGGGACUCUCAAGAGUCUCCUCCAGCACCAUAAUUCAAAAGCAUCAAUUCUUCGGUGAUCAGCCUUCUUUAUAGUCCAGCUCUCACUUCCAUACAUAACUACUGGGAAAACCAUAGCUUUAACUAUACGGACCUUUGUUGGCAAGGUGCUGUCUCUGCUUUUUAAGAUGCUGUCUAGGUUUGUCAUUGCUUUUCUCCCAAGAAGCAGGCGUCUUUUAAUUUCGUUACUGCUUUCACCAUCUGCAGUGAUCAUGGAACGCAAGAAAGUAAAAUCUCUCACUGCCUCCAUUUCUUCCCCUUCUAUUUGCUAGGAGGUGACGGGACCAGUGGCCAUGAUCUUGGUUUUUUUUGAUGUUGAGCUUAAGCCAAGUUUAGCUUAAGUUGAAAGGAAGUUUCUUAAUGCCAUGUGAGUUGUAGUUCUGUUUGGGAGUGUAUGAUCUAUACAAAGAUGAUUCUUGAUUGAAUGUUUACGGGAUUUAAAGUUGUGGUAGAGAACAGGGAUACUUGAUAUUGCCUUAGAGAUCUAGUGUCCUUUUCAUAGCCUAUAUAUGCUAUCCAGCGAAGUCAUAUUGAUAGUAGACCCGUUGAAAUAAAUGGAUUUAAGUACAUUGAUUUCAGUGGGUAUACUAUGAGUAUGACUAAAUUCAGUAUCACCACAACUUAGAUUUUAAGUAAUAAAAUGCAAGCGACAGUGUCUGAGUGACUGUCAUAUGUAUGUAUAUUCUAGUACAGCAAUUUAUUGUAUUUUUCACUCCAUUUUGCAUAUGUGCUCACCUGUCCAGCUAAAUGUUGUGAUAUGUAUGGUGCUGGGAGUGUCCACUGAUGUAAGAGAUUAACCAUGUAUACCUUGAUUAGCUUUCUGUAGAUUCUAUAGAGAAUCAGAUUUUGUGUUCCCUCCAAGAUGGAUUCUUGGUACAAAUGAUUCCUUUGCCCUAGUAGGAAUGGUUCAGUCCCUAUCAUGUUGUUUCAAAAGCAUGACUGAAUCUGUGUCCAAAACAAAAUAAUCCACUUUAUAAAGUGUGAUAUUAUUUGGAACCUGGUUUAUGUAUAUGUUAAUCACUCAUCUGGGAUAGCGCCUGUCUUAAUCUGUCCUGGAAGGAUGGCUCAAUUCCUUUUAGUAGUUGAUAGUAUCUGAAUAACUCUUUCGCACACCUUUUGGACUUCAUUAGUUGUUUCUCUCCCUCUGCCCCCGCUUUUACCCAUUUUAAGUAUGCCUCAUUUUAAAUUUUGAAGCAGUUUUUUAUGCAUAGUUUAUACAGUAGCCUUGAUUCUUAUAUUUAUAUUAUAGGACUUUGUGAUUUCAAUAUUGAGUUAAUUUCUUUCCUAUGGUUUUCAUGGAAAGUUAGUCAAUCUAUUUUAAAGCUUGCUGUCAGCCUUUGUUUUGUAGUUAAUUAUGAAGACGUAAGUACCCAAGGCAACAUGUAGAUAUUUUUGGAGUUUUAACUUCUAUAGUUAGGGCUGGUCCCUACAGCUGUGCUAAUAUCCUCUAGGUGAAAAGCAAAAGGGUAGGAUCUACAUUUAAAAAAACAGCUGCAGAUGAUUUUGUAAAAUACAGUACACCUCUGUUGCAGUUGAAUUCAAAUGUCUUGAGAUGCACAGAAAUAUAUUGUUUGAAGGAAAUAUCUGAUUCCUUUUUUCUAUACAUUCCAUCAAUCUUUUACUCUGGAGUUGUCCUGUUCAAGUUGAAGAGUGCAAGGCUGUUCUAAAGCAAAAGACUUAGAUUGUAACUUUGUAAAAUGUCUUUCACUUGCAAAGAUGUAAUAUGAAAUCUCUCAAUUCUUGAAGUGGGCCUUUUGGUAAGACAGGAGUCAUGAGCUCUGCCAACAAGCCAUGUUUAAUUUGGCUUAGGCUGCAAUCAUAUACGGACAUGGGCGUAAGCUCCAUUUAACUCAGACACUUUUGAGUACAUGUUUAUAGUUUGAAUUGUCUAUUAUGGGGAAGCUAAUCACUUUUGUGUGCCACAGACACUUUCUAUUGCAGUCUGAGGACUUCUCUGUCUAAACAUUUCAGUAAAACUAGAUGGAGCCUGACACUUUCAGGGCCAGUAGACACUAUAACAUCUUAGUUUUCAUUGUUGCCUUUCAAUACUGUCUUCAUUUGUCCAGUAUUUCAGACUUGAAUGUGUAUUGGUAUUUCCCUUGUUGCAUGUUAUGAACACCUGCACUGCUGUUGGUGCACCUUUUGGUGAAAGUUUGCAGGAGGAGAAUGCAUAUAUUUGUUAUCAGAUUUAGUGACUCUUGGAUAGCUCCCAUUCACCUAGACACCCUGGAAUAAUUGAUGCACUUAAGUUGUCUUCUGUGGACAAAUUUCACAUCUGCAUUAUUGUGGAUGGAACCUAUUUGUAUAUAUUGAAGUUUAAGUAACUGAUAUACCAAUAUUGAAAAGUUAAACUGUAUAUUUAUUACUCAUUGUAUCAUCCCAGUUUGGAUUAGAGAUGUUGACACUUGUUAUGCCUUUUCAUAUCUGUUGACGAACAAGACACAGUCUCACCUAGGGUGCCUUUGUAUAUGUGUGUGUGUGUGUGUGUGUGUGCGCGCGCGCUGUUAAAUUAAGAUCCUACACACAAACACUAUUUUUGUAACCAUGAAUGGCUCAUAAAUUGUAGUUUCUUUAAGCUUCUGUUAAAUACCAGCCUUAAUGAAAUAACAAGGCUUCUUUUUGGAAUAUGCACUUAAGUACUCUGCUUUCCAGUUGGACUUGAAAGGUAUGCUCCAAUUGUGCUGUCAUGUCCAAAAUAAAGUUUUUAAAGGAAGUAUAGGUGCUUUGAAGACCCCAGUUAAUCUACAUAGAAAGUAAAAUUGGUUAGUGGUGGAACCAAUUUGAAAUUGGCAGUAAAGGAGUGAUUCCCAGUUUAUGUGCCAACCCAAGGCAGUACAUUGAAAGUAGCACUAGUGGGUGAACUGGUCGUUUUUUCCCUUCUAAAGCAGUUUCAAACAUGUAGUAAGGUUGCAUUUCCACACACCUUGCUUUUUAAGGGACUGCCUCUGAAAUCCAGUAAACUUGAGCUAGACAUCAAAAUUCAAACCCCAGGUAGUGGUAAUCUGUGUCUCAAGUUUCCUCCCAUUGACUGAUGCUGUGUUCCAGCAGACCUGUUUCACAAACCAAAAACAUUGACCAAAAACAUUGUUGCAUUUUGUGAUAUUUCUUGUUCAGGAGGAUAUUUGUGACCAUAGAAGCCUGUGUAUUGGAACUCAAAAUUUUAGUUUGCUUUCAAAUAUUAAGUUAUCUAGUAUGUGAAAUACUCUUUGUAUUAAAACCAGAAAGUUGCUAUUAACUUUUUCCUUAUAAAUGUUUAAUUUAAUGCAAAUUGUGGGCUUCUCAAAUGGUUGCAGAAUAAUCUUUUGGUUAACUCAAGAGUUAACUUUUUGAAUCGGUCAAUUCCUGAAUUAGGUAGAAUGGAUCCAGUUUUCUUUUUGGUAGCAUGCAGCUGCCCUUAAUCAUUUUCUUGAUUUAUUGGGUACUGUGAAAUAACUCAGACAUUACAGCUAAGUACAGAAGAGAGUUAAGAGAACCCAUUGCUUGGUAUACAGCACACUAAACACACUUGGAAGCAAGUCGCAAGGAUUUAAAUGUUCAUUCUUCCAAAUAACUGUGGUUAGUCAUGUGCCCAGAGCUACAAUACCAAGCACACACUGAACAAACAAUAAUAAUUGAAAUGCUUGGGACUUAACUUACAGUAAAUGUGCUUAAGAACUGAAGUUAGAAAGUUUAUCCAGUUGCCAUCUUGUUGCAGUCACUACAGGCUUUGCUGUAGACUUCAGAAGAAAGUGGCUUUCAUCCUACCUAGGCCUUCAAUGUUUUAUUCUGACAUGUAGAUCAGUCAGUUUCCAAAAUUUAGUUCAACUGGUCCCAAAAUCAUCAUGGAGACAAGUGAUAGCUGUAUGCCAUGCACUUCCUUUUUAUUUGCAAUAUUUGUAUACAUUUUUAUAAAUUUCAAGAUGGAUUGUAGUAAUGAUUUUUUACUUUCUUGUGAUACUGAAGGCAAUCACUAAAGCGCUGCUUGAUCUUGUCCGUUUUAAAAUUUAUUAUUAAGCGGUGUACUUCUGUAAGUUUUGCUUUGUAUAUUGGCAUGACUUUUUAUUGGUAAUUUACAGUUUAAUGUGACUGUCCUGUUUUGAUCAAUGCUAAUAUUUCCUCUGUUCUUUUUGAUACACCAAGAUACUGAGCUCUACAAAAAAUAAUCUCAUGGUACAUGUCUGUUUUCAUAGUGUUUUUUAAAAAUCUGUAUUUUUGUAUGUAGGGAAAACCAUAGGUUUUCUGAAUCCUAAUCUUGUAUGAAAUCAUCGUAAAGGAUUUGUUUAAUAAAUGGAUAGGAGCAA